ACGUGUCUCUCCCUUAUAAAAAUUCACAGACGCUAUCCUAAAAGGAAAGAGUUGUUAGGGUUCUUAUUUCUUGACAUGGAAAGAGGUUCGACAUAGAAAUUUUUGAGAUUCGACGUUAAUUGAGAAUAUAAGUUUGGAGAAGAGAAGAAGAGAAAUGGAAAAUCGAGAGUUCGCUAUGGAUCAAUGUUGAGAGCUCUCUGAAUAGUGGUGAUUACUUUUCAUCCUUUUUUCCUUCUCUCUUUUAAAGAAAUUUUAUAUGUUAUUCUGUCAAAUUCAUUCGAUUCCAAACAUGUUCUCAUUGAUUGCCCUAGGAUUGAAGGAAUCUAGCAACAUUUCUCAACCUGUCUUGGUUUCAAGCACAUUACUUCUUCUUCCACCAAUCAACAUUCCUUGGCACAUUUGGAAGGAACUUAAUGUUAUCAUUUAUGAGGAUAGGGCGGAUUUUUCUACCGGAGCUCUCAUGGAUUCUAUAUCUAUGUUUGUGAGGCAAUGGCUCUUAGCUAAAAAAAUUGCAGAUGCUUGGCUUACAGCUAACAAGUUGCUGCCAGUGUUCCCUAGGGUUGCUAAGAUUCAGGUGGUUAAGUGGUUAGCUCCACUAAAGGGGCGUCUCAAGUUCAAGAUUGAUGAUUCCUUCACUUCCAAAUCCAAGCGUGGUGCGGAAAUUCUUCGUGAUGAGGAGGGAAGAUUCGCUCAUGCAGCCUCCUUCCAAGUCGCAGGUUCCUCCCCUUAUCAUGCUGAGCUUGAUGCUUCCAUCAAGGGUAUUAAAUGGGCUCUUACCUUUUUUCCUCUACUGGUGUAUGAAACAGAUGCUUUGGAGAUUUUGAGAAGACUCGAAAAUUAUUCCCAUUUUGCUCAGUCUCCAUCUCCUAUUGACAUCUUGGCUACACUUAUUUUUGAGAAUGACAUUUUGAAGUCGCAUACCCUUUGUGAGGAACCAUCAUGUAGAUCUUUUACCUAAGGAGGACAGAGAUAAAGAUUGUCCUUUUAU